AUGCAUUCAGUCAUCUCAACAGUCAACUACUCACGCUUCCCGAUGGGUCCGCCUCCCAAGCCAUCGUCGACAGCAUGCAGCAUUGCCCGCGGAGCGGUCUACUGUGACAAGGAUUUCUGGCACCGGUCAGUGGCGUGGUUCCUGGACCAGAAGGAAAAGCUGGGCACACAACAAGACGAGCAGCCACCGGAACACUUGGUCAAGCCAAAGAAAACACCGCGCUGGGCCUCGAUGGCGCCUCCGACGCGGGUUCAGCCGGCCCGUGCGGCCAAGGGCAAGGGCAAGCGAUAUGCCGAGGACAUGGACAGCGACGGCGAGAGCGUGGCCACAGCGGUGAGCAAAAAGGCCAAGACGGCCAAGACGGUCAAGGUGACCACUCUGAGACCAGCACCCAAAGCCAAAUCCACAGCCACACCCUCCUCCGACUAUGUGCUCGACCCGGCCUGGGCGACGGCUUCGCUGUCGACUUUUCAAGCGGCCCUGGACACGCUGCUCGAAGGCAAGCGGGCGACGCUGGGCCGGUCGCGGUUCUGGUCGACGUGUCUGUCGACAGCGACAUCGACGCCGGCGGAGGCACUGGACAGCCAGUGGUGUCCAAUUGUGGCGCUGCCGCUGGCCUGUACGGAGCGUCAGUUUUGCGCACACGGUACGUGCAACCCGCCCCUGUCUUUGCGGUCGUUGCCGCCUUUGCCGUCCUUGCCGUCCUUGCCGUCCUUGCCAUCAUUAUCGUCAUUGUCGUCAUCGUCGUCAUCGUCUUUGGCUGCCAAGGCCACGUCGCUUGCCCCUGUGGCCGUCAUGUCUCCCGUCACGCCCCUCACGACGCUCUGGGACACACCCUCGACCACGCCGCCGGCCGACUCUGUUCGGUUCCAGGCGAAGCCGUUUGCGGAGCUGCGGCACGUCCAGGAGCGGACGGUGGCGGUGGCGGGACUGCGGUUUGCGGUGGACAUGUGCAACGGCAUGCUGCGGGUGUACAUGGUCUAG